AUGACUGGUGCCGGUGCGGCUCAGAAUCGACGCCCUCCACGUCUGAACCAUAAGAAGUCGCGUGCGGGCUGUCAGCGAUGCAAGGCCCGGAGAGUCAAGGUGANNUGCGAUGAGGCCAAGCCCGCCUGUGGAGGAUGCAACCGCCAUCAGGUGCCCUGCGUUUAUCUUCACACUGAAGUUUCCAGGACUGCAAGUGCUGAGACAAGCGUGUCGCCUCGUAUAAUACCACCGCCAGAUCAGCCCAAAGUCAAACCCGACGUCAACCAGGUCCUGACGCCGCCAACCGUCAAUGACCCCGUCACAACUGAUGAUAUCCUGGACCUUCCGGAGUCACGCCAGCGCCGUCUGCUCGAAUUGCGACUAUGGCAUAAUUAUGUGACCGUUGUAGCCACGCCAUUCCACCAUGCUGCUCCUAAAACUUUUCUGAUCGAAAUCUGGAACAACCACCUACCUCACAUUGCCAUGCGCCACGAUAACCUGCUUUAUACUAUUUAUGCUUUCUCCGCUACCAGACUGUUGCGCGAUGCUCCCGACGACAUUGAAUUGCUUACUGCUCAAAGAGUCUAUCUCAGUCUAGCCCUUCGUGAGCAGCGCAAAGCCAUCAUUCAGUUUUACACUCAGGCCGAGGAACCCGAUUCUCUCUGCUUCACCUCCAUCAUGAUGACAAUGAAUGCUUUUGGUUCUCUUCAGGAACGAAAUCGCCAGCCUUACAAACCACCCACUAAUAUACUUCGUUUGGGCAUUGGCGCAUGUGCCGUCUACGAAGAGGCUCUGAAGAGUGCCCGCAAAUUUCCUUCCUCCAAGAUUGUCAGCUUCAUCGAAAACCAGCCUUUCUUCAUCAGUAUACCUAGGAUGUUCGACGAAGAGCACCGAGGCCCUUUCAUCGGCAUUUUAGGGCCAAAGAAUCCCCAGGGCGUUUAUGAAGACUCUGAACUCUGGAAUCCCGAGGUCAGACAAGCUUACGAAUGUACAUUGAGCUACAUUGGCACCAUGUACACGGCUGUCUUGGACGGCGAAACACUUCACCAAAUUUGCACGCGAAUCGCCGCAUUUGCCUUAUAUGUGCCGAAAAAGUUUGUAGAUAUGGUUGAAGAAUCUCGUCCCAGGGCUUUGGUCAUCCUGGCGCAUUUCUUCUCCAUUGCUACCAAAGGCAGUGCUCAUUGGUGGGUUGGUCAGACACCUAUGAGAGAGGUUCAGGGGUUGAGGAGGAUCGUGCCUCAGGAAUGGCAACGACACAUGCGAUGGCCGCUAGUCAUGUCUGGGCUAGAGCCUGUCUGA